UUGAAAUUACUUCUCAACGUCUUUGCAGCCUCUUCGCGUCAUAAACGAGUGAAAGCGCCUUUUUCUACAACAAAAACAGUGUUGAGUCACAUGAAAUAAAUAAAGGUGCCUGGUAUUUGAUGAAUAAACCGACAUGUACAUCAAGUCGAUAGUACUCGACGGUUUCAAGUCGUAUGGAAAGAGAAUUGAGGUGAAUGGUUUCGACAAGGAGUUCAAUGCUAUCACCGGAUUAAACGGCAGUGGAAAGUCUAAUAUCCUAGAUGCAAUAUGUUUUGUUUUGGGAAUCACGACUCUGGGAUCGGUGCGUGCUACCUCCCUCCAAGAGUUAGUCUACAAAUCCGGCCAGGCUGGUGUGAAAAAGGCCACAGUGACCGUGACCUUCGACAACCGCGACCGCGGUGCAUCGCCCCUGGGUUACGAGCACUACGACGAAAUAGCCGUCACCCGUCAGGUGGUGAUUGAUGGUAAAAACAAGUACCUGAUAAACGGCACCCUUGUACCCAACAAGCGUGUCCACGAUCUGUUCUGUUCGGUUCAGUUGAACGUCAACAAUCCCCACUUCCUGAUCAUGCAAGGUCGCAUCACCAAAGUCCUCAACAUGAAACCCCUAGAAAUUCUUUCCAUGAUUGAGGAGGCAGCUGGUACCCGAAUGUACGAGGAGAAGAAGGAGGCCGCCAUGAAGACCAUCGACAAGAAGAACGAAAAGCUCAAGCAGAUAAAUGAUAUUCUCCAGGAGGAGAUAGGCCCGAAGCUUCGAAAAUUAAAAGCCGAGCGCGAGCAGUUCGCAGAAUAUCAGAGGAUUGAAAGAGAGCUCGAGCAUUGUCGCAAGAUAGUCCUCGCGUGGAGGUAUGUAUCGGCUUUAAAGAGCUCCGAGGAAGCCGAGACGAGUGUCUCGGAGGUCCAGGGGAAGGUUCAAACGAUGAAAACAACGAUUGAAGAUGGAAAAGUGGAAAUAACAGAAAUUGAAACGAAAAUCGAAGAGAUGACAGCAAAAAAUCAAGCAGAAAAGGGAGAACGUCUCGAAGGUCUGGAGCAGGAGCUGAAGGAGCUGGAGAAAAAGGAAAGUAAACUAGUAGCCGAGUCCAACAGCAAUAAGGAGAGUAUAAAAGCCGAGAAGAAGAUCAUCGAACAACUGAAUAAUAAUUUAAACGAAGACACCAAAGCUCUGGAGCAGAAAAACCAAGAGCUACAGCAAGUGGGCGGAUUGUUUCAACAGCUCCGAGAGAAGGAUGAAACGGACAAUGCGGCUGUGACAGCUGCGCAGCAGAGGCUCCAGAAAAUUUCGGCUGGACUUCUCGAGAGCGCAGACGGGGAGAACGCUACCCUGGAGCAGCAGCUGAUCAAUGCGAAGAAAAACGCCAUUGCUGCCCAGACAGAGAUCACUCAGUGUCAGAUGGGUCUAGCUCAUUCUAAGGAACAGCUGAGCAAAAAGGAGAAGGAAGUCAAGACCAACGAUGUUGAUUAUCAGAGGGACAGCAAAGACCUGGAGAAUAAGCAGCAGCAGUUGAAGAGCCUUGAAAAGGAACUCGCGAAAAUCAACUACAACGAGGAGUCUUCGCAAAUCCUGAAGGAGCAAAAGCGCAACCUCGAGAGGGAGAUAGCCCAGCUUCAGGGGAAGAUUGACGAUAUUGAGAAUAGAUAUCCAAACUUGACGUUUCAAUACACCCCACCGAGCCAGAACUUUGACAAAAGCUCGGUGAAAGGCCCUGUCUGUACGCUGAUGAGUCUAAAAGAAAGGAACGCAGCCUAUGCUCUUGAGGUAGCUGCUGGUGGCCGUCUCUACAAUAUUGUUGUCGAUAAUGAAAAGACGUCGAAGGCUCUUCUGCAGCACGGCCAGCUCAGGCAGAGGGCGACCAUCAUUCCCUUAAACAAGAUUACAGGAAGAGCGAUGGAUGACAAGACCAUUGAUUAUGCUGAGAAGCUAGUGGGAAAUGAGAACGUCAGACCUGCUUUAUCGCUGAUUGAUUUUCCUGAAAUGGCACGACCUGCUAUGACCUGGAUCUAUGGACAGACACUCAUCUGCAAGGAUAUGCAAGUUGCCAGAACAGUUGCCUUCAACAGUAAAAUCAACAGGAAAUGUGUGACUCUGGAGGGAGAUGUUGUGGAUCCGGCAGGAACGCUGAGUGGAGGUGCCCAGGCACGAGGUGGAUCUGUUCUUGAGCAGAUUGAUAAGUUGAAGUCGUAUCAGCAGGAGUUGUCGGAAAAGCAGGCACAGUACGAGGGAGUUAAACAACAGUUGAAUAAAUUGUCACAGCUCGAGGAAAAAUACCGGCAUUUUAAGCAACAGUUUGAUAUAAAAAAUCACGAAAUCAAUAUGAUAAGACAACGCUUGCAACAGACGUCUUAUCAUCAGGUGCAAGAGGAGAUCAAUGCCCUUCGUCAGAAGAUUCAGGAGUUCAAUGAUAAGAUGGACACAGCUAAAAAAGUGGAGAAGGAGAACUCCAAGAGGGCAAGUGAUUUGGAGGGACAGUUGAAAGAUUCAGCGAAAAUUCGUGAUAAACAGCUCAAAGAUGCUGAAAAUCAGCUGAAAGUUCUUCAGAAAAAAGCGGAUAAUUCUAGGAAAGAGUGGGAGAAGCAUGAGCAAGCGUCAGAAACUUUGAACCUGGAGAUUAAAGAGCUGGAGAAGACUAUUGAAAAGGGACGAGAGCAGCUGGCGAAGGCCGAGGAGAAACUCGCUGCACUUGAGGAAAAAGCACUGGAGUUUUCGGAUAAAUUGAAAGAGUCCGGAAGUAAUGUUUCCCAACUUCAAGAGCAGAUAAAAACUCGAAAAGCGGUCAUACAUCAGCAGAACAAGGAGAUUCAGAAGCUGCACUCCAAGAAGGAAGAUAUUAUGAAAAGAAGUAGCGAUCUGGAGCUGGAGAUUAAAAAGCUUGAUCAUGAGAUCAACGCGAUUAAGACAAAUGCUGCCCAGUGUAAGAGUAAAGUCAAUGAAUUGGUGCGAGAUUAUGCUUGGAUUGCAGAUGAAAAACAAUAUUUUGGGCAGCAGGGAACUGUUUACGAUUUCAGUGUUAACGAACCGAAUUCAAUGGCCCAGAAGAUGUCACAGUUGGAGAGGAGGAGAACUGAUCUGAGCAGAAAUGUCAACAGUAGGGCAAUGAAUUUGCUGAGUAAAGAGGAAGAGAGAUACGAUGCCACGACGAAAAGGAAAAAAAUUGUUGAGGCUGAUAAGAACAAAAUAUUGGAUACAGUCAAACACCUGGAGGACAAGAAGAAGGAAACCCUGGAAAAGGCGUGGGAGCAGGUCAAUAAAGACUUUGGCUCGAUAUUCAGUAGUUUGUUGCCUGGGGCUAUGGCCAAACUACAGAAAUUGGAGAGUGGAAAUGUUCUGGAUGGGCUCGAGGUCAAGGUUGGCUUCACCAAUGUCUGGAAAGAAUCGUUGGGUGAACUCUCCGGUGGGCAGAGAUCACUUGUAGCCUUGUCAUUGAUCCUGGCGAUGCUUCUGUUCAAGCCAGCUCCUCUUUAUAUUCUUGAUGAAGUAGAUGCUGCCUUGGAUUUGUCACAUACUCAGAAUAUUGGAACUAUGUUGAAGAGGCAUUUCAAGACUUCACAGUUUAUUAUUGUUUCAUUGAAGGAUGGAAUGUUUAAUAAUGCUAAUGUGCUUUUUACCACGAGAUUUGUGGAUGGAAUGUCGACCAUUACGAGAGGGGAGAAGAAGAAGCAACAGGGUGGGGGACAUUAAGAGGGAAUCAAUGAUAGUUUCUUUAAAAAUUUAUUUCAAGACGAUGAGAAAAAUGUUUGGAAAACUUGGGUCGUUGAUAUCAGUAGCUGAUCAAUUUUUUAGCUACGGAGAAUUCCAUUUCGCAUUUUUUCAGAAUUAGUUUUUAGUUAACUAGGUCGAUGUUCAAUCAGAUGUAACAAACGAGUUCUGGUAAUUCUACACUAUUUUUAUAAUAAUUAAUAUCCAACAACAAUUCUGUUAUCGAUCUAUUUUAUUCUUCCAAACGAGUUCGGUGAGAUAAUUAUAAUUGAACAAAUAAAAUUUUUGGUAUAAUUAUUAUAAUUAAUUUUAGAUGUAACGAAAACAAAACAAAAUUUAUAACAAGAAUAGCUCGUAAUAAAAACAAUAAUGUCCUAGUUUUUCACAAAUAAAGCGUUUCAGACUAGUUGAAAUGUAAGAUAAGAAGAUUCAUCUAAGCUGACGUGCUUUUCCUUACUGUCUACAAUAUUGUCAUGAUGACUGUUACUUUUCAUACUUCUGUUUUUAUAUUUAUUGAUCUCACAUUGGAAUGACCUAUGGCGUCCCAUUCAAUUUUACUGUAGAAUGGAUGGUGCUUGAUUUCAUCAAUGGUCAGGCGUUCCGAUGGCUCAAAAAUUAAAAUCUGGAAAAAAUAUAUUCGAAUUAAUUUUA